UUGUAAUUAACGCUAAUGCGCUGUCAAAUCGCCUCGAGGAGUAUAUACUUCUUUGACGUGACAACUUUAGUUAAGAAAUGUCACAUCACGAAGAUUUAGCGAUUGAAGUUGGAAUGGAAACGACCGAGAAGGGAGUUGUGUGGAACGAGCCACCGGAUGACUUGCCACACGAGGAAUGUAAAUCGUACGAGAACGAGGGAAAAGAGAACGACAAGUACGAUCUAAACCUGAAGAAAAGCGAUGACAAGGCAGAUCUGAACCUGAAGAAGGACGAUGACAAGGCAGAUCUGAACCUGAAGAAGGACGAUGACAAGGCAGAUCUGAACCUGAAGAAGGACGAUGACAAGGCAGAUCUGAACCUGAAGAAGGACGAUGACAAGGCAGAUCUGAACCUGAAGAAGGACGAUGACAAGGCAGAUCUGAACCUGAAGAAGGACGAUGACAAGGCAGAUCUGAACCUGAAGAAGGACGAUGACAAGGCAGAUCUGAACCUGAAGAAGGACGAUGACAAGGCAGAUCUGAACCUGAAGAAGGACGAUGACAAGGCAGAUCUGAACCUGAAGAAGGACGAGGACAAGGCAGAUCUGAACCUGAAGAAGGACGAUGACAAGGCAAAUCUGAACCUGAAGAUGUGCGAGGAGGAUAAGACCGAAGAAGAUAGAGUAGAUCCUCCUGACACCGAGGAAGAGAAGAAGGACGAAGAUAAGGAAGAUGCUUCUGAUGGCGAAGAGAUGGACAUCAAGGAAGAGUUCGCUAGGCUACAGGUGAAAUUCCAGCAAGUCUGCAAGGAGAACGAACUUCUGAACGACACGAGAAAAGCAUCUGUGAACGCGUACGCGGACCUUCUUCAGGCUACACGUGCUUCCGAAAUGAGCGAGGCACGUGACCGACAAGUCCUGCAAGACAAACUCAAGGAAGUCGAGUCUAAGCUGGCUGAAUGCACAAGCCAGGUUGCCGAUCUGACCGCUGCUAACGACAAGCUUACGAGAGACAACACUAAGCUUGUGCAGGCCAACCUUGCCAAAGACGAGGUUAUUGAAAGCUUGCAUGCUCAGCUCUUGGAGGCCACACGCAAGAAGCCCUCCCGAUGGCAGAGAUUUAAGCGCCGAGUAAAGGCGUUGUUCGGCUGAGCCUACCAGAGUCGACAAGCGCCACAUCUUAUUGUAUCUUUUUUUUUUUUUUUUGAGGUUGCGCAAUGCGUGCAAGUAUAAUAUGAAUUUUUUAGACUUUCAAAACAAAUGGACUAAAAUAAUUGAUAGAAUUUCUCUCUCUCCCAUUUGUACCUUCUUUUUAUAUAGUAGAUUGAUGAAAAAAAAUCAGCCGACGACAUUUGCGGGAGAGCACACGUAACUACCUUCUUUUUUAUAGUUUUAUGAAUACUUCUUGGCCGGGGAAAUACCGGCUUAAGCAUGGUGGCACAUUCAAGUAAAAUCCAUGCGCGAUUGAUUCUGUCCUGAAACUUAUGAUUAUAUGGUUACAUUCAGCGCCCUAUAGGGUGAAAGUUUGGUGCCUUUUCUACCGUCAAAAUCCAAACGAUUCUGUUUCUAGUUUUCCCGCAAAUGGCUAUGUGCUUCAUUCAGUAUUUUUUCAUUCACAUUUUUUAAUGGCUGAUUUGGCUUUAAUUACACAAACAGUUAUUUUUGUAUCUCAUUGCGCAACCCCAUGAAACACUAUGUAUGAAAUUUCUUGUUCUCAACACCAUGUAUGAAAUAUCUUGUUCUCAACACUAUGUAUGAAAUUUCUUGUUCUCAACACCAUGUAUGAAAUAUCUUGUUCUCAACACUAUGUAUGAAAUUUCUUGUUCUCAAAUCUCCCGGCGCUUGCCUCUCGCCAGAAAACAGAGUGUAGAGUUUGAUUAUUGUUAUUUUGUAAAUAAAUGGCGAUAAAAACUG